UGAUUCUCCGUCUUAGUUGAGUUCCUACUGUAUGGCGAUGAUUCACACAGACUGUCGUCCUGUUGUCUUGUGAAUGAGUCGUGAUUCAUCGACACUGAAUCAUUGGAUAUAAUGAGAAUAUAACGAGAAUCAGAGACCGAGAUGAGUGUCUGAUGUUUUAUUAGACCAGAGCUGCGGAAUUCACUCCGGACCUGCUGAGCCUGGAUCUUUUUCUACAAAUCUUCAAAAGUGUUUUGCAGAAGAAAGAAGGUCAUACACAUCUCAGAUGGCAUGAGGGCCUCUUGAUGCUCUCACCUGACUGAUCUGCAGCUACCAUCAGUUGACAUAUUGGAGAACAACCCCAAAGUUAAUUUGGUGACCUUCCAUACUUGCUGUCUAAAAGGAUGAUAGAGGCGGCGGGCCGGAAGGGCAAUGUCAUGGAAGAUAGGAGGCAGAUCUUUACAGACAUGAAGACACAGAAUUAUGACACCAUCCGGCUCUCCACGUAUCGAACCGCCUGCAAGCUUAUAUUUGUGCAGAAAAAAUGCAACUUGCAUCUGGUGGACGUGUGGAACAUGAUUGAGGCGUUUCGUGAUAACGGUCUGAACACACUGGACGUCUGUACUGAGAUCAGCACGGCUCGACUGGAAACCAUCAUCACCUGCAUCUACCAGCAGCUAAACAAACGUCUGCCCACCACACACCAGAUCAACGUCCAGCACAACACCAGCCUGCUGCUUAACUUCAUGAUGGCGGCGCACAACAGUGAUGCUCAGGGAAGGCUGACAGUGUUCUCUGUGAAAGUGAUGCUCUCUGUGCUGUGUGGAGGAAAACUGCUUGAUAAACUUCGCUAUAUUUUCUCCCAGAUAUCAGAUUCUCAUGGUGCAAUGGUGAUGUCGAAGUUUGACCACUUCCUGCGGGAGGCACUAAAACUGCCCACUGCUGUGUUUGAGGGGCCGUCAUUUGGCUACAUGGAUCACUUCGCAAGAUCCUGUUUUCCUCAACAAAAAAAGGUGAUGCUGAACAUGUUCCUGGAUUCUCUGAUGUCAGAUCCUCCUCCUCAAUGUCUCGUUUGGCUUCCUCUCCUACACAGAAUGGCUGAUGUGGAAAAUGUGUAUCAUCGGGUGAGCUGUUCUUUCUGUCGAUCAGAGGGCAUGAUGGGAUUCCGUUAUCGUUGUCAGCAGUGUUUUAACUAUCAACUCUGUCAGAACUGUUUUUGGCGUGGUCAUGCCAGCGGAAACCAUAGCAACCAGCACCAGAUGAAGGAGCAUUCAUCCUGGAAAUCUCCAGCUAAAAAGUUGGGUCGUGCCAUCAGUAAGUCUUUGGGCUGUGUGCCGAGCAGAGAACCGUCCCACCCCAUCUAUCCUGAAUACCCCGAGAAACCCCUCGACCUGUCCAAUAUAAUUCCACCCCGUCCAAUAGGAAACAUGAAUGAAUCAGCACCGCCCCUUUCUGCAGGCCUCACCCCCACCAAGAGGUUGCCAACUCUAGCUGCUGCUCAGAGAAUGAACGAAGAACAUGCUCUGAUCGCAGCAUAUGUGAACAAACUCCAGAACAGCCCACGUGCGUUAGACAGUCCCGGCCGAAUGGAUGAAGAACACAAACUCAUUGCUCGAUAUGCAGCUCGCCUGUCCACAGACCCUGGAAACACUGCUAGAUCUCCGAACUUCGGCUGUGACACCAACAAACAACAGAGAGAACUCAUUAUGCAACUGGAGAAUAAAAACAGGGAGAUUCUGCAGGAGAUUCAGCGUUUGCGUGCAGAGCAUGAACAGGCGUGUCAGCCGACUCCGGAAAGAGUCCAACAGAACCCAACACUGCUCGCUGAACUUCGACAGCUCCGGCAGAGGAAGGAUGAGUUGGAGCAGAGGAUGUCGUCUCUACAGGAAAGCAGGAGAGAACUAAUGGUGCAGCUAGAAGGACUCAUGAAACUACUGAAGGAUGAGGAACAGAGACAAGCCGCUCAAGCCGCUGGUCCGUCCCCAGGUCACUCUCCUCGUUCUGUCCCGAUGCCCAUUCGCUCUCCCUCAGCAUGCUCCACCCCCACACGUACAGGCCACACCCCCACCCAUGAGCCCCAGGACUCUUUAGCUGGAGUGGGUGGAGAUGUUCAGGAAGCAUUUGCUCAGGGAGCUCGCAGAAACCUCCGAAAUGAUCUCCUAGUGGCGGCAGACUCAAUCACAGACACUGUGUCUUCACUGGUCAAAGAGCUAAACACGGAAGAUGUAGGAGAUGACGAAGAGAGACUGCUGAAUGGUAAAGACAGAGGUUAAUCCAAAUAUGAAGCAAGCAGUGCUAUGUAUGGGGUCACCAUUAAAAGCCCUCAUCCAAUCAGAGAGCAGUUCUGGGUUUUGGGCGGGGUUUGGCUUCCUCUGGAUUGGUUGAGAAGGAAAAAAUUUUGUUUAUCGAUGAUUGUUUGGUUUUUUUCUCUUUGAGGUAGUGAUGCAGUUAUCCAAGGUCUGUGUUGCGGAACUGCUGUACCGACUAGUUAGUUUCGCUUGAUUUUAGUAGUUGAUUUUGGUAACGUUUUGAAAGCUUUUUAAAAAACCUAUGCGGCCAAAGACAUUUCAAAUCUAUCGGGGGGUUGCGACCUUUCGUGAACUAGACAGAAUGGACUGAGGUGGAAUCGGAAUGUAAUGAAAGAGAACGAGGUACAUGAAUGAAAAAAAAGAGCGUUGAGUUGAUUGGCUGGCUGAAGUAUGUGGGAGUGGUUUGUACGAUGUGGGAGUGGUCAUGUUGUUGGGAGACACAACCGUAUUUUUGGAAUGAAAUGAAAGAUAAAGGGUCUAAUUCUGUACUGUAAUUUUGUUUUUUAAGUACAUUUUUUUAUUUAUUUUCAUCAGUAGAUUUUUAAAUGUGCAUUCAGAAGAUAUUUUGGUUGGUGGUAUUUUGAAGAAUCAGUCUAACAAGAAAUGAUUUCAGAUGGAGUUUGGAGGUCGGAUUUAGCGUUUGUGUAUAUUUAAGAUCUGAAUGCUUUAGUUUUAUAAUAUUAAACAGGUACUUUUAUAAAAGAGACGAAUUACGUACUGUGCUCCGUACUGGAGGAUUUAUCCCGCUAUGAAUUUUGUAGAUUUUUCAAGAAGCACUGUAUGUAGUUCUAAAACUUCCUGUGAACCUACAUUUCUUGCCCACAAACGUUUGCGCAGACACCAUCUGCCCUGCUGUUUGCCUCUCACUGUGGUUGUGUACGUUUGUGCAAGGCUAGAAUUGGAGAAAUCAUUAUUUUAAUGCCUUCGUUUUCCCUUGAAGGACAGUGGGAAUUUUAUUUUUUAAUAUACAGUUUGUGUGUGUGUAUGUGUGUGUGUGAAUCUGCUGAAAUUGUAAUCUUAAAAACCUGCCAAAAUGACUUGUUGAAUUGCAAGAGUUUGUUUGAAGUCUUUAAUCUUGUUAUUUGCUCUAUAAAAAUUGCCUUUGGUUGCCAAAUUCAUUCAUACAAUUUGCUCAUUUCUGGACGUCUGCACCAUGUGAUUCUACCUGCGAUACACGGGGUUAAAUGACAUCACUUCCUGUGGCCUUCGAGUCAAGAGCUCUUCUGUGAAAGCAGGGUUUGUAGUUCAUUUUUUGGUGGAGCUAAUUAAAGACCACUGUGGUGCCGGUAGCCGCAGUGCUUGGUCUUCACACCGAACAACUCUUUCAUAUUUAAGAAAAGAAAAACAAUUUUACCGAAAUGUCUCUGAAAUGAAGAGUCUAAAGAGGCCAUUAUGCACUCGCAUGUGAUUUUGUGUUGAUAUGUUGUGUUUGGAAUAAAUGAUAUUAUAAAACAUGAAA